GUCCUCCCCCGACGCCCUCCUGCAGACGGGAGCGCACAGUGGCCCCGGCUCGCCGUGCCAUGGAGCGGAUCCCCAGCGCGCAGCCGCCCCCCUCCUGCCUGCCCAAGGCGCCAGGGCUGGAGCCCGGAGACCUUCCAGGGAUGGAUUUUGCCCAGAUGUACCAAGUGUACAAGUCGAGGCGCGGAAUCAAACGGAGCGAAGACAGCAAGGAGACCUACAAACUGCCGCACCGGCUCAUCGAGAAAAAGAGACGUGACCGGAUUAACGAGUGCAUCGCCCAGCUGAAGGAUCUCCUCCCCGAGCACCUAAAACUUACAACUUUGGGUCACCUGGAGAAAGCGGUGGUUCUUGAGCUCACCUUGAAGCACGUGAAAGCCCUGACCAGCUUAAUUGAGCAGCAGCAGCAGAAAAUCCUGGCCCUGCAGAGCGGCCUGCAAGCCGGUGAGCUGUCGGGGAGAAACGCGGAGGCCGGUCAGGAGAUGUUCUGCUCGGGUUUCCAGACGUGCGCCCGGGAGGUGCUGCAAUACCUGGCCAAGCACGAGAACGCGCGGGACCUGAGGUCUUCGCAGCUCGUGAGCCACCUGCACCGGGUGGUCUCGGAGCUGCUGCAGGGCGGCGCCCCCAGGAAGGCGUCGGACCCGCCUCCCAAAGCCACGGACUUCAAGGAGAGGCCCAGCUCCCUGGCCAAAGGCUCCGAGGGCCCCGGGAAGAACUGCGUGCCUGUCAUCCAGCGGACUUUCGCUCACUCGAGCGGGGAGCAGAGCGGCAGCGACACCGACACAGACAGCGGCUACGGGGGGGAGUCGGAGAAGGGCGACCCGCGUGGCGAGCACCUGUACCUCAAAGGCGACCAGAGGUGCAGGCUCGCUGCCGCGGAGCAGCGCGUCGGGGCCAUCAAGCAGGAAUCCGAAGAGCCCCCCGCCAAGAAGAGCAGGGUGCAGCCAUCAGACGAUGACGGCCGCUUCCCCGGCGGCGACCUGAUCAGCUCCCCGUUCCUGGGCCCACACCCACACCAGCCCCCCUUCUGCCUGCCCUUCUAUCUGAUCCCGCCCUCAGCGACUGCCUACCUGCCCAUGCUGGAGAAGUGCUGGUACCCCACCUCCGUCCCCCUGCUGUACCCCGGCCUCAACGCCUCCGCGGCCGCCCUCUCCAGCUUCAUGAACCCAGACAAGCUCUCGGGCCCCCUGCUCAUGCCCCAGAGACUCCCGUCCCCCUUGCCGCCCCACCCGGCCCUCGACUCCUCCGCCCUCCUCCAGGCCCUGAAGCAGAUCCCCCCUUUAAACCUAGAAACCAAAGACUAAACCCUUUCGGGGAUCCUGUUGCUUCGUUUCCCAUUGUCCCUUCUCCCCCCCCCAAAAAAA